AUGGGAUCUGGCAAACACCUUCUUGUUUUCAUCCAUGGUUUAUGGGGGAAUUACAAGCACAUGAACUCUUUGAACACAGUGUUCGAGAAAACACUUGCUAACCAUCCGGAGCUUGUAUACUAUGCACCACGUCAAAAUGCUAUGUUCAAGACUUUUGAUGGGAUUGAAAUUGUUGGUUAUAGGACUUUGACGGAGAUAUGUCAGUUUAUCACCGGUUAUAAAGAGGGCCCUAUAACUAAGAUCAGUAUCGUAGGUUACUCAAUGGGGGGUCUUAUUGCAAGGUUUGUCAUUGGUAAGAUGUAUAGCGAAUUUGACAAAAUAUUUGGCGAUAUUGAGCCUCAGAUAUUUAUGACUUUAGCUACACCACAUUUGGGAGUUGAGUUUUACAAUCCUGAGAAUUCGAAAUCUCGUCGUAUUCUUCACUCAUUGAUUAGAAGUUUGGGCUCUAGUAUUCUGGGUAAAAGUGGAAGAGAAAUGUUUAUCACGAAUUCGAAGAAUGAUAUCUUACUUAAAUUGACAGAGGAUCAGUUUUUAAAAAGUUUGUCAAGAUUCAAAUGGAGAGUAGUAAUUGCUAAUGUCAAGAAUGAUAGGACAGUGGCAUUUUACACAUCCUAUAUCACAGAUUAUGAUCCUUUCAUCCUGACGAAAAACAACUUGAAGUAUACUUUUGAGGAUAAAAUUCCUGGUUCAAACUAUUCGAAGGUCAUGCCAAAGAUUAUUGACAUGAAUCGUCUUGAUCCGAAGCAAAAGAGACCGAAAGUACCCAGAAGGGAUUUUUCAAGAUGGCUGAAAAUAGUACCGCUAAUUUUUUUGUUUGUCACCUUCAUACUGCCCAUCAUGUUUUGCUUGAAUAUCAUGGCUACUUUGUAUAGCGACGUGGCUACGUGGAAAUAUAGGAGAUUGAUGAAGGGUGGUCAAUUACCCCUUUUGAUACAUAACAAAUUGGGAUUGGAUGAUACGUUGAAGGAGUAUGCUGCCGAUGUUUACGGCUCCAUUUUAAAUGAUGACGAGGGCAACAACAACGAUGAAGACGAAUCCUCCAAUGAAGAGCAAGCCGAGGUCGGCGAGGAACAUGCCUUUUGGAAGGACUUUAUUGAAAAAUAUUCUAAGGUAUGGACAGGCGCUAAACAAUUUCCCAAAUUACCCUUUGACCAAAGGAGAAAGACCAUGUUGGCCAAUUUAAACAAACUAAGUUGGAUAAGGGUCCCUAUUUAUAUCAAGAGCGCUAAUGCUCAUGGAGGUAUCGUGGCUAGGAGGGGACUAAACGAAGACGCCCCACAAACAAGCGUUGCGUGCCUGGAGUUUACGGCGCAAUUGGUGCAGUACUUGUUGGGUCACUGCAAUUAA